AUGGUUUUCAUCGCAACCCCAAACCACAAAACCCUAACCCUAAAUCUAAACCCCAAGACCACCACCCUCCUCACCCUAAAGCACCAAAUCCAACAAACCUCCCUCAUGCCCAUCUCUCACCAGCGCCUAUUCCUCUCCCAAAGCCUCCACUUAUCCACCCAAAACGACGCCGCACUCCUCUCCGACCUGGGCAUCGGAACCCUCUCCACCCUAACCCUCCACACCCCCUUCCUCGGCGGCAGUACUCAGCCCCACCGCUACGCCUUCCUCACAGCCAAGCCCCCGCCCAACUACGUCGCCGGCCUCGGCCGCGGCGCCACCGGCUUCACCACCCGCUCCGACAUCGGCCCCGCCCGCCCCACUCCCCCUCCAAUCGGAGCUGUUCGGGAAAAUCCGGACGACGAGGACAAGGGUUACGACGAGAACCAGAAGUUCGACGAGUUUGAAGGAAACGACAUGGGGCUUUUCGCCGACGCGGAGUACGACGAGGACGACGACGCGGCUGAUGCCGUUUACGCUGCAGUGGAUGAGAGGAUGGACUCGAGGAGGAAGGAGAGGAGAGAGGCUAAAAAGAAGGAGAUGGAGGAAAAGUCGAACGCUGAGAAUCCGAAGAAGACCCCGGAGGAGUUGAAGAGGAAGCUGCGUUCCGUGUCCGUCAAGGAAUGGGAGAGCUUACCAGAAAUGGGGGAUUAUUCGUGGAAGAACAGGAAGAGGAGGAAGUUCGAAAGCUUUGUUCCGGUGCCGGAUACCCUUUUCGAGAAGGCCAGGCUGGAGAGGCAGCAUGUUGCGUCUGUAGACCCCAUGAGUACAGAUUUGACUGCAUUGGGCGAGGGAAAGGGGACAGUGAUGAAGCUGAAAUUGGAUAGGCUUUCGGAUUCGGUUUCGGGUCUCACCAGUGUGGAUCCAAAGGGGUAUCUUAGUGGUCUUUUGAGUAUGAAUAUGAAUGUUAGUACUAGUUCUGAUGUUUCGGAUAUAAAGAAGACUAGACAAUUGUAUAGGAGUGCAAGAGAGUCGAAGCCUAAGGACCCGUGUGGUUGGAUUGCGGCUGCGAGGUUGGAGGAGAUGGUGGGGAAGUUGAAGGAAGCCAAGGAGAUCAUUAAGAAAGGCUGUCAUAUGUGUCCGAGGAAUGAGGAUGUGUGGCUAGAGGCAUGCAGGCUUGUCAGCCCCAGCGAAGCCAAGGUUGUUGUUGCUAUGGGAGUGAAGCAGAUACCGAAUUCGGUGGACUUAUGGAUGAGGGCUGUGGAUUUGGAGCAUGAUAAGUCGAAUAAGAAGAAGGUGUUGUGGAAAGCGUUGGAUCAAAGUAAUGAAAAUCUUCGUUGUGUUAGGCUGUGGAAGGCAGUGAUGGAUCUCUGUCAUGAAGAUGACAAGGAUAUGAAAGUUUUGCUUCAUAGGGCCGUGGAGGUUUGUCAGUUGGAGGUUCAAUUUUGGGUUGCUCUUGCGAGGUCGGAAAGUUAUGAGGCUGCCAAGAUGAUUCUUAAUAAUGCUAGAGUGCAUCUUCCGAAAGAGCGCGCCAUUUGGGUUGAAGCAGCCAAGUUGGAAGAAGUUAGGGGGAAUGUGUCUAAGGUUGGGAAGAUUAUUGAAAGGGGUAUAAAGCUUUUGCAGGAACAAGGGUUGGUGAAUUUCAGAGAAACAUGGAUGAAGGAAGCUGAAAAGGUUGAGCGUGCUGGGCAUGUGGCAGUUUGCCAAGCAAUCAUUCAAAACAGUGUUGGGGUUGGUGUUGAGGAAGAGGAUAGGAAGAGGACUUGGCUUGCUGAUGCAGAGGAGUACAUGAAUAGUGGUUCCAUCGAAACAGCCAGAGCAAUUUAUGCACAUGCACUUACUGUUUUCUUAACCAAGAAGAGCGUAUGGCGCAAGGCAGCAAUGCUUGAAAAGAGCCAUGGGACCAAGGAAUCUCUUGAUGCUUUGCUUCGUAGAGCAGUGAAGUACCUACCACAGGUUGAAUUCUUUUGGCUUAUGGCUGCUAAGGAGAACUGGCUUGCAGGGGACGUGAAUGCUGCCCGAAUGGUCCUUGAAGAAGCUUCUAAAUCCCUUCCCAAUUCUGAAGAAAUUAUGCUUGCUGCAUUUAAGUUAGAGUUUGAAAAUCAUGAGCAAGAGAGAGCUAGAAUGAUUCUUGACAAAACCCGAGCAAGGGUAGAUAGUGGAAGAGUAUGGAUGAAAUCAGCAAUUCUUCAGAGAGAAUUAGGGAACUCUGAUGAGGAGAAGAAGUUUCUUGAGGAAGGGUUGAAGCGCUUCCCCUCGUUCUUUAAAUUGUGGUUGAUGCUUGGACAGCUAGAGGAACGCCUCAAUCAUUUUCAAAAAGCCAAGGCCGCGUAUGAAUCGGGUCUCAAGCACUGCUCCAAUUGUAUACCGCUCUGGCUUUCUCUAGCAAAUCUUGAAGAGAAGAGAAAUGGUCUGAGUAAAGCUCGUGCAGUUCUGACAACAGCCAGGAAGAAGAACUCUCGUAAUCCUGAACUAUGGCUUGCUGCUGUUCGAGCUGAACUAAGGCAUGGUAAUAAGAGGGAAGCUGAUACUUUGAUGGCAAAGGCUUUACGGGAGCAGGAGUGUCCCAAUAGUGGUAUCUUGUGGGCAGCAUCUAUUGGGAUGGUACCCGGUCCUCAAAGGAAGACCAAAAGUCUAGAUGCCUACAAAUAUUGUGGUAAGGAAGAUCCCCAUGUUAAUGCUGCUGUGGCCAAGUUAUUUUGGCGUGAAAGAAAGAUAGACAGAGCUAGGACUAAGCUCAACCUGGCAGUUACACAUGCCCCAGAUAUUGGAGAUUUCUGGACUUUAUACUACAAGUUUGAACUUCAGAAUGGAACUGAGGAUACCCGGAAGGACGUACUGGAAAGGUGUGUUGCUGCACAACCAAAGCAUGGUGAAAAAUGGCAAACUAUUUCAAAGGCAGUGGAGAACUGGCACCAACCAACUGAAGCUAUCUUGAAGAAAGCUGUGAAGGAAGAUGCAGCCACAGCUCAAAAUCAACAGUAGUUCCUGCUGGGUUGCAUUUUCAGAGAUAGAGAUAUUCUGAGCUUUGUUAUUGUGAAGUGAUUGAUGGACAAACUACAGGUUGGUUAUCUAUGUACUCUAAAAUCUACCAACAUAUUCCACAUUUUAUCAAGUGUAGUUGGUUUUGUGGCCAAGGUAUUCUAUUUUAAAAUCUUCAUCUUCA